CUUGUGUGCUGUAUAUUUUGUAACGUAGAACUUUGAAUUUGAACUCGAGUUUCUUUAAAACAAACUGUAUUUUGUGGAGAGUUGGCUUUUGCCAAAAAUACACGUUCAUAAAUGCGUCACUUAGGCGAAGACAUAUUUUAAAACUGGAUUAUGAAAAUUAAACAUUUAAAAAAGAAAAGAAAACUAUGGAUAUAUUUUUAACCUCGAGAUUCUUCUUUAUCUUAAUUCUAUUAGCUGGUUGUCAAACUUUGUUCAAAAGAUUUCCCUCAAAAAAGAAAAUAACCUCUCCCUGCAAUGUAAUUGAAAAUUUUAAAGCCGAAUCAAAAGUGAAUUUAGUGGGUGACAGUAAAUGGCAAAAUAGUUGUCCAGAAGACCGCUUCAUGCAAGCUGUAUACUCGGAUAUCCCAACGUCUCCAUUCAUAAAAGCAAAAUGUUGCAGAAGUAAUUUAAGCCACUGGUUGUCAUGGGAACUUGAUCUGACAUUUUUAAAUGAUGGUGAGAAUGUGGUAGAAAAAAUAUGGAAUGCUGAAUGUGAAAGAUAUUCUGUUAUAACAGGCUUCAAAUUUGCAGUAAGUCAAGUUGGUGUAAGUUUGCUUCGUUCCAUACGUUGUUCAGUGUUGGUCAAUAAAGCUAUCAACCGUCAAGCGUGCGUUGUUUUGGAUUUAUCGUCGAAAGUUGCAAAAAACGAAGUGCGCUAUAAUAAUACAUGGCAGCAUGAGUGUCCAGCAGGGUACGGACUUGUAGGAGUUUACAGCAAAAACAGUUUCAAUAGAGUAGAAAAAGCGAAGUGUUGUCAAAUCAGAAAUGCUAGUUUUAGACUUGGAGAUGUAUUUCAUUUUAACAAAAACGUCAAUCAAUUUAUAAGAAGUGAUGUGGGAGGGUUGACUUUCAAAGUAAACGGAACGUAUCUUGUUAUGGAUCAACAAAAUUCAAUCAAAAACAUAAAAUUUGCUCGCUUACUAUCUGUGGGAAUGACCAUCAACAAAGCUUUUUGUUUGAACAUCACAUCAGUUAGUAUUGGACUCGAUAUAACAAUCAUUCUACAUAGACGAACUAACACAACCUUGGAAAAAAUACAAGAAAUCAAAUCGUCAAGACAGAAGGGUGAAACAAGCCACAUUGUAUUUUUCAAGGCGAAGAAAGGAGUCAAUAUCAUGUCGCAGAUUAUCAUGGAUGUACGUAUUUGGAGAGGGACGUUCUACCUUCAUGAAAUAAAAAUUUUGAGUGAAGCUCAAUGUAAAGUUGAUAAAUGUCGGGCUCCAAAUAUCGGAUGCAAUAAAAAUGAGAUAUGCGUACCACUGAAGGGUUACCUAGAGUGCGUCUGUCCCGAUAAUUAUUUGUUGGAUGAUUCAGGUCACUGUAUUAACAAAAAUACAACCUUUACUGGCUGCCCUACAAGUGGAACAUCAAGAAAUAAUAACAGUAGCCAAAAAGAUGCAAGUACAACAAGAUCCACAUUUAAAUUAUCAACAAAACCUACAACAGGUAAUUCCCAAAAAACAACAACAAAGGAGAAAGUUUUAAAAAAGAGAAUUACGGAAUCUCCAACUAUCUCCCCGUGGGUGUACUCCGUCGCAGGCGGUGCAUGUGGAAUUAUUUUUGUAGUGAUUGUAUUAGGCGGUUGUUUAUGCUACAGAAGAACUUUAGAAGUAAAACAUCGACGGAGGGGUACGUUCGAGAAAGAAAUGGAUAUCGUAAAUAAUACGAACGAUAGACAAUUGCUGACUAAGCAAUAUUCAAUGGAAUCAUUUGUUACUAUUGGUAACAGUACUACCACUUUAUAUCGACCAUUUAUGCAAGAUAUUGGUUCUGUGGAAAAACUAUCGCCACUGUCUCAUAACGGCUCAUUUAUAUCCACUAAUGGACAUACUAGACUAAUCGACUUAACCACAGGUGAACCAAUCUAUACACGAAUUAACAGAGCAGUAACGGUUGAAUGCCCUGAAACAAUAGAAGAACAGCCUACUGGUUUGAAUCAAAACUACAAAGAGCUUGAGAAAGAAACUCAAAAGGACUCAAAGUUGGAUUCCACCGCUCGUCGCGCAUCUUGCAUGACUCUCCUUCACCCUGAAUAUGGUGAUUCUGACUCGGACGAAUUUGAAGAAGACAAUGCAAAGAAAUUCUUUAUACCUGCUGACGAUGAAGAAGAGCUGCUAGAUGAGUUGAAUGAACUUACACCUGAGUCGUUACACGUAUCAACGAAGAUACUUGGUCAAGGCGCAUUCGGUUUGGUAAAACAUGGCCGCCUCUACUCUGUAAAUGGCUCACAUGAUGUUGCCGUUAAAAUCUUAAAACAACGAAGUGGUCUGGAAAUCACGCAAGCUGAUCGAGUCAAAUUUUACCAAGAAGCUGCCAUUAUGAGUCAGUUUGAUCAUGUUAACGUUAUAACGUUGUUUGGAGUAGUGGUGGGGAAAAGACCGUGCAUGGUAUUAGAGUAUUUACCGAGAGGCAACCUGUGGAAAUAUUUAAAUAAAGUUAGACGAAUUAGGCAACGCGAAGGAAUCACAGAAAUUACUAGAGAGUUACAUUGUAUGUUUUUAAAAAUGGCGCGAGAUAUAGUUGCUGGUAUGGAAUAUCUGGCUGGAUUACAAUUUGUCCAUCGCGAUCUUGCCGCGAGAAAUAUUUUGUUAAAUAACGUACUUACAUGCAAGAUCGCAGAUUUUGGACUAUCUAGACAUUUCUUAAAAGACGAACACUACUACACAAGUCAUGGAGGACAGAUACCUGUCAAAUGGACUGCGCCUGAGGCACUCCAAUUUAAAAGAUAUUCCACGAAGUCAGAUGUAUGGAGUUAUGGCAUAGUAUUAUGGGAAAUAUGGUCUUUGGGCUUACGUCCCUACGAAACUUGGGUGAACGAUAAAGUGAUGAAGGAAGUUUGCGAAAAAGCUUAUCGCUUACCAGCACCCGCGGAAGUGCCCCGCUUAUUAUACAGACUUAUGAUCGAUUGCUGGCAUCCAGAUACAAAACACAGACCGACAUUCUCGCAACUUAAAUUUUGUUUGGAUCAUAAAGACGAUCGUAUUCUUGGCAAAUCAUCAGAGAAUAAAUUGCAGAGGACUCGAUCAGUCACCUUUUCAAGUCUAGAUGAUGACAUUCAUUCGAUUGACACUUCACUUGACGAUUUGCAAAACACGUAUUGUAAAACAGAAUAAGAUAGAAAAUGGUUAAUGACCUACAUUUUUUGAGAAAUAAAAGCAAAUCAACCAUAAUUUUAAGAAACCCAGGUCGCCCAAUUUUUUUAAGGAGUUUAUGUUAUUUUUAGUCCAUAUUUAAGCCAUGUUUCAGUCUUAGUCCUAAUGUUUAUAGGGAAAAAAUGAUUUCAGCGAAUAUCAUGUUUAAAGGUUGAAAUGCCCUAAUAAGCACAAUAUCGUCAAAAAGGGCAGAAACGAUUCAAUCUAUUUUCCUUCUAAAAGCCUGGAGAAAAACUGAGGACAUAUAUUAUGGUAUUCAUUUUUAUAUGGAAAAAAUUAUACCUUUUUAAUUUUCAUAUGCUGCCUGGGAGACGUUGAAUUUGUCCGUGUUUUUCAUGUCUAUUUACAGCACAACACAUCUACUGCUCAAAGAUACGAUUUUUUAGUACGGUAGCUUGCAGGUCAAAGCUUAGUACUGUUUUGAUAUUAUUCAGGACUGUUUAUCAACGUCAAACAAAAAAAUUUAAACUCCUCGUUACCGUAAAUUUGUCACAAAUAUUUACCAGUUUUGAUGGUAGCAAUGUGACAAAUAUAUAUGUCAUACCUUCCAACCUCGUCCCCAGGGCAUCUCGUAUCUUUUCUGACAUCGGGUGGCGAUACGAACAUGUUCGUCUCGACGUGCCGGUUAUAGAAGAGACAACAGGCGCUGGGAACGAGGUUGGAUACAUUCGUCAGUAGAUGACACACCCAAAAUGAUU